UGACAUCUCGAUCACUUCUCAUUUGUUUUUCCACAUAAUUAACGUACAGAUUCAAACAUGGAUCUUGUGCUGAAUGUUGCUGACUAUUACGUCCUCACCCCGUAUGUGUACCCUGCAUCGUGGCCUGAGGACGGAGCCCUGCGGCAGAUUAUCAGCCUGUUGGUGCUUACGAACCUUGGGGCUGCAGUCCUGUACCUUGGCCUGGGAGCCAUCAGUUACUACUUCAUCUUCGACCACAAUCUGAAGAAACACCCACAAUUUUUAGAGAAUCAGGUUCAGAGGGAGAUCAAAUAUGCGAUGACCUCUCUUCCCUGGAUCAGCAUUCCCACAGUGGCCUUGUUUUUCGCUGAAGUUAGAGGAUACAGCAAACUGUACGACAAUGUCAGUGAUUCUUCACUGGGUUGGCCUGGGCUCUUCCUGAGUAUGAUCUCCUUCCUGUUUUUCACUGAUAUGUGUAUCUACUGGAUUCAUCGGUUCCUACAUCAUAAGCUAAUUUACAAACUGUUUCACAAACCACACCACUUGUGGAAGAUCCCCACUCCCUUUGCCAGCCAUGCCUUUCAUCCAGUGGACGGCUUCAUGCAGGGACUGCCAUACCACAUCUACCCCUUCUUCUUCCCCCUUCACAAGGUGCUCUAUCUGGCCCUGUACAUUUUCGUCAACAUCUGGACCAUCUCUAUCCACGACGGUGACUAUCGUGUUCCUGGUGCUCUGACUCCUGUCAUCAAUGGUUCAGCUCACCACACUGACCAUCACCUCUUCUUCGACUACAAUUACGGCCAAUACUUCACUCUGUGGGACCGCUUGGGAGGCUCCUACAGGCAUCCUUCAGCUCUAAUGGGGAAGGGUCCCCAUGAUCUGAUCCGGAAACUUCGAGCCGAGGGAAAGUUAGGAGAUGACAGAGUGAAGGGUAAAUGGCAAGUGAAUGGAUGUGCUGAGAGAGGAGUGCCAUGUAAGGAGGAGUAACAGAAAGUGAAAUUAUGAUUAAUUGCUGAAAGUGAUCACUAUUUUUGUAAAGACAAUGUGCAACACCUAUAUUUAGCUGGAAAACAUAUCGGAUCAUAAUUUGAGUUCCUGUACUUGCCAAAUUAGCUAUUGUGGAGCAUCUUGAGGAGCAUCAAAAGGCUGGAGCUACUGGAGGGGCUACACUAUCAGUGACACUGUGUGAAUGGGAGUUUGACUUUAUGAUUAAGACCUGGGACUGGUGUCAGGGUCGAUUUUGACUAAAUCUUAGAUUUAACAAGUAGUUCAAUUUUAUAAGAUCAGACUGAAUCUGAAAACUGCUUCAAAGGAAAAUUAUAUUUUUCAACAAUUCCCAAUGUAAAGUUUGCACUUUUGUUAGAGAGAUACUGGAAACGCAACUACGGCAAAAAUAUGUAUAUCGGGGUAAGCAGUGCAAGCCUCUUAUUUCUCUUUCAAACUUUCAUAGUCUGACUGAAAGUAAACCAGAACUACAAAUUAGCUGACUUGAUCAGCUAGCUAAUGCAUAGAGGUUUACUUAAGACCCAGAUUGAAAAUGAAUGGACUUUUCCUUUAAGGCUCUUUUCCCUACUUAGAAAGGUUGUGCCUUCUGGUGAAAUUUAGCAAUUAUAAGGCCAUUUUACCAGGAAAAUUUACAGCAGCAAUAGCUGAAGAAAAUAAAUGAGGAGGCAGAUAGCAUGAGAGUAAACAGUUUAAAAGCUGUAGUCAGCACAUUCAAAAAGUCAGAGUUAUGGGAUAAACAUUUGUGCAACAGUAAUUGUUAUCUUGGACACAGCUCCUCUGAUAACACUGGAGUAGGGUGGCUACUAUCCUUAAGCAGUUUAAAUCACUUUAGAUUAGUCUAGAGUAGACUGGACUCUAUCAGUAGACCAACCUUUGUGCAACCAUCCCCUGAUGAAAUUAACAUGGUAUGAUGAGGCUACAAGUUUACUCAUUAGUCAAGUUUCUUGGUUCUUUGGUUUCAAGUUCUGCAGGCAUUGUUCAUGUACAAUAAUACUGAUUGUAAGUAUAAGACUGUAAUGACAGAACAAAUCUCUUGCAUUGCAACUGUAUAGUAUCAGUGACAGCUGGAACACGCUUCAGUUAUUGCAUUUAGUUCAGUUUGCUAUAAUUUCAGUGUUUCUGCACCAGAACACAAGCUUUACAGAUUGGAUGGACAAACAUGGAUGCAAAAAAUAUAUAAGAUAAAAUAUUUCAGUUACAUAUCAAUUACACAGUUCAUGUUCUGUCUCUGUUGAGGUGAUUGAAUCAUCAUUAGUAUGAGAAUAAAACACCUUUCCCCCAUUUUAUCAGUGGAUGUAGGCUGUUUUGACUACAUCCACUUUUCAAUUUCCAUGCUCCCUUAAAUUUUAAGGGAGAUGUCCCCAAAAUGCUAUACAUUAAAUUAUGUUACACAUUUAAAACUAAGCAAGUGCCAUCCACAGAUGAAGAACUCAUUAUAUGGUUGAGAGCUCGGGGAAAAGCUAGUUGAGCUUUUUCCUCAGCUUUCAAGCAAUCAUUUGAAAAUGAAUAUUUAUGGUUUGUUUGUUGUAGUCAACCAAAUGAUGAUUUUAAUACAUACAUGUAUUUCCUUGUACACACUACGCACCUAACUCUUUUAUUAAGCUUGUUGAGUGGAAAAUUCAGACAGCUGAUAAAAGAACAUUAAGAAACAAAA